AUGGCAAUGGCGAGGGCUACUUCUGGCCUCGCGUAUCCGGAGAGAUUUUAUGCCGCGGCUGCCUACGCCGGCUUUGAUGGAUCUUCUUCCACUUCUUCUGUCAGCUCCAAGUUUUCUAACGACGUCGCUUUGCUCCUCUACGCCCUCUAUCAACAGGCAACGAUAGGACCCUGUAAUACUUCCAAGCCUAACGUAUGGAGUCCUGUUGAGCAAAGUAAAUGGAGGAGCUGGAAUGAGUUGGGAAACAUGGCAUCCACUGAAGCAAUGCGUCUCUUUGUGAAAAUAUUGGAGGAGGAAGACCCUGGAUGGUAUUCUAGAGCCUCAGACUUCAUUCCUGAGCCAGUCGUAGAUGUUCAAAUGAAUCAAAAUGAUAAAGUUGAGCUGGCUGCUGAGAAUGGAAACAUUUCUCCUGAAGUGAAGACAAUUCCUGCUGCAAAUGGAAACUUGUCAGAAUCUCAGGAUGUAGAAGUCGUGUCUGAAGGCUUUGGUUCAGUUGGUGUUUAUGAUCAAUGGGUUGCACCUCCAGUAUCUAGUCCGCGCCCAAAAGCCAGAUAUGAGCAUGGAGCUGCUGUCAUUGAUGAUAAAAUGUAUAUCUUUGGUGGAAACCACAAUGGCCGUUACUUAAGUGAUCUGCAGGUCCUAGAUUUGAAAAGUUGGGCAUGGACCCGGAUUGAAGUGAAAGCCGGAGGUGAUGCCUCAGCUGUAACUGCAACUCCCUGUGCAGGCCAUUCCUUGAUAGCAUGGGAAGGAAACAAGCUUCUUUCCGUAGGUGGACAUACUAAGGAUCCAUCAGAAUCUAUGCAAGUGAAGGUGUUUGAUCUGCAAACUUGUAGCUGGUCAAUCUUGAAGACAUAUGGAAAGCCACCGGUCUCCAGAGGUGGACACUCUGUGACCGUUGUGGGCACAAGUUUAGUUAUAUUUGGUGGCCAAGAUGCAAAGAGAUCUCUCUUGAAUGACUUGCACAUAUUGGACUUGGAAACCAUGACUUGGGACGAAAUAGAUACCCUGGGGGUCCCACCUUCUCCAAGGUCUGAUCAUGCAGCUGCAGUUCAUGCAGAGCGAUACCUUCUUAUCUUUGGAGGAGGUUCACAUGCUACCUGCUUUAAUGAUUUGCAUGUUCUGGAUUUGCAAACUAUGGAAUGGUCAAGACCUACACAACAGGGUGAAAUCCCAAGUGCCCGUGCAGGUCAUGCGGGUGUAACUGUCGGAGAGAACUGGUUUAUUGUUGGCGGUGGUGACAAUAAAACUGGGGUCUCUCAAACUGUUGUCCUCAACAUGUCUACAUUAUUGUGGUCAGUUGUAACGAGUGUUCAGGGACGUGUUCCACUUGCUAGUGAGGGUUUGAGUUUGGUGUUGAGUUCUUUUAAUGGGGAAGACAUUCUGGUUUCUUUUGGAGGAUAUAAUGGGCGAUACAGCAAUGAGGUUAAUCUCCUUAAACCAAGCCACAAAUCAACCUUACAGUCAAAGAUGGUAGAGACCCCUGUACCUGACAGUGUUUCUGCUGUGCAUAAUGUUACAAAUCCCACAAGAGAUGUGGAGUCGGAGUUUGAAACUGGUCAAGACGGGAAAAUAAGGGAGAUUGUAAUGGAUUCAGAGCCCAUGGCAAAGAAAGUUGAAAAAACCAGCGAUAAUGUUAUCUCAGCGCUUAAGGCCGAGAGGGAUGAAUUAGAAUCUUCCCUUAGCAAAGAGAAACUGCAAACACUUCAGCUCAAGCAAGAGUUGACUGAAGCAGAAACUCGUAGUACUGACCUUUACAAGGAGCUUCAGUCUGUACGAGGUCAGCUAGCCUCUGAACAGUCCAGAUGUUUCAAACUUGAGGUCGAUGUUGCAGAGCUAAGACAAAAGCUACAAACAAUGGAGACCUUACAAAAGGAGCUUGAACUCCUUCAGCGACAAAAAGCUGCAACUGAGCAAGCUGCGUUAAGCGCUAGGAAGAAACAAGGCUCGGGUGGGGUAUGGGGAUGGUUAGCCGGAACUCCUCCCAACCAAAUCUCUGAUGGCGAAUAG